AAGCAAAAAAAGAAAACGUCAUUACAUAAUACAUUUUCUAUAAACUCACUAAAGAAAAAAAUUGUGAUUAAAAAAGCAGCUAUUAGAUACAGGGAUUUUUGUUUGUAAUUACCAACUGUACAACCUUUGUUCUGUGAAUUUGUUCUUAUGUCGAAUCUCAGCUGAUGUGGCAACAACAAAUUGAUUUCUAUCUAUGGACUAAAUUAGGAGAUAAGUUUUAUUUUGAGCAUGGCAAUAUUUUACUGUUUAAGUCGGUGAACCGUGUUGACGCCUGCGAAUACCACAAAACCAAUUACCAUAAAAACAAGGGGUCGCCUCCAUAUACAAAGUGUUUUUGACUGCUGUAUUAAACUUUUAAAUUAGCCUGUACCGAUGAUUUCGACGAUACGAACCGCUACCCAAAGGGUCGUGGCGAGGGUCUUUUCAAAUGUGGCGGCAACGCAGAACAAAAUGGACCCUCAGCAAGAGGCAAUGUUGAAAGAAAAGUGUUUCUUAGUUGAUCAGAAUGAUAAAGUGAUUGGGCAGGCAAGCAAACGCGACUGUCAUCUCGUGCAUGAUGACGGAGAUAUCCUGCUGCACCGGGCGUUCAGUGUGUUCCUUUUUAAUAAAAAAGGAGACUUGCUCCUCCAGAAAAGAGCAUCGGAGAAAAUAACCUAUCCCGAUUGUUACACAAACUCUUGCUGCAGUCACCCAAUAGUAAAUUAUGUGGGCGAGGAGGAUGAAAAUGAUGCCCUUGGAAUCAGGAAAGCAGCUCAGAGAAGGUUAAAUUAUGAGUUAGGAAUUCCUAUAGAUAAUAUUCCCAUUGAAAAUAUAAAUUACAUUACAAGGGUAUAUUAUAAAGAUGAAGGUAAUGGAAAAUAUGGAGAGCAUGAAAUCGAUUAUGUUCUGUUUUUGAAACAGGACGUUAAAGUCAAGCCCAACCCUAAUGAAGUGUCUGAAAUUAGUUUCAUACCCAGAGCGGAAUUUGACGAUUUUUUACCCACACUUACAGGUCGACUAACACCCUGGUUCCAGCUUAUUCUGAAGCACCGAUUAAAGUACUGGUGGGAGAACUUGGACAAUUUAGAUGAAAUUAGAGAUCACAAAAAAAUAUUACAUCUCAAGCCAUAGAAUAAAUGUCUUGCUUUAAUAUUUUACUCUGCGUAUUUUGAACAUUGUUAUUAUAUUAUGAUUACUAUUAUGGUUGUUUGAAAUUAUAUAUCCAAUUUCCAAAUGUAAAAAUAUAAACAAAAUACAGAAAAAAGUACGCG